ACCAAUCAGAGGCUCACACAACAACUAUAAAAAGCAGAGAAAUUAUUUCAUUAAUAAUAAUAACUCUCUCCGAAAUCUCAAUGAUGGGAUCGAACACUACCGAUUGCGACGGCGGCUUUGUCAACGGCGCCGCCUCCAAGCAGCCGCAAUCCUUCCAAAACGUCGUCGUAAUGCGCCACGGCGACAGAAUGGACAAUCUAGUGCCCCUGUGGGCGGCGUCGGCGCCGCGGCCGUGGGACCCGCCGCUGGCGGACGACGGCUUGGUGCGCUCCUUCGGGAUCGGAGAAAAGUUCCGGAAGCAGCUCGGCUUUCCGAUCCAUCGGAUUAUUGUAUCUCCGUUUCUCCGGUGCCUCCAGACCGCCGCCGAAGUCGUCGCCGGCUUGUGCGCCGUCGCUAACCGCUCCGACGAUCCGAAUGACUUGUCCUCAAACGGCGUCGUUAUUGAUCCUUCCAAAAUCAAGGUCUCGAUCGAGUACGGAUUGUCUGAAAUGAUGAACAACCUAGCUAUACGAGCCAACGUUGCUCCGAAAGACGGGAUUUUUAAUUUCGAUAUCUCACAGUGUCAAGCUGUCUUGCCAGCUGGCACUAUCGAUACUAGCGCCGAAAUGGUGUAUAAGGAGCUCCCGAAAUGGCAAGAGACGGUUGAAGAAGCUAGGGCUAGAUAUCUCGAUGUAAUGAAGGCUCUUUCCAACAAAUACCCUUCGGAAAACUUGUUGCUAGUAACACAUGGGGAAGGAGUUGGAGCGGUUGUUUCGGGAUGCUUAAAAGAUGUAAUGGUAUAUGAUGUCGAGUAUUGUGCGUAUACAGUCUCACACAGAACAAUUGCUUUCAGUGAGAAUCGUUCGUUUACUGCUGGAGAUUUUGUGGGGUCCCCUAGAGGUCUAGGUGGCAUCUCGUUAGCCAAAGCAUCCGAUGAAAUCUCCAUUUAAAAAAAAUCAGCCGUUUGUUGUCGAACUACUUUUUAGAAUUGUCGAAAAAUCAAUUUUUACUUGCUUUUUGUUAGCAUCUCAUGGUCAUGAAGACGUUUACACGAACGAUGCAUUUACGCAGAAAUUUCACUUGUAUGAAUUUACGAGAAAGACUCCUUGUACUAUUGAUAUUUUCUGAAAGAGCAUUGUUUCAGGAUAUG